AUGGAGAAACCGCUAAAUCGUGUUCAGAACCAGAAACCCAUGGGUGUCCUAACCCUGACAGCACCAAGAAACGGAAAGGUGAUCGUACUGCAGCACGAUUUCAGAAAUAAUGGAAGGUAUUGUAUGCCGAGAAUGGACAACCUUUCUGCACCCAUGGAAAUACAACUAAAGAGUGGACACCAGCCUGGAACGUCACAUACAUCAGGGUUAUUACUUAAAGAAAACACAGAGAAGUUAUUAUUUAAAAAACGCAGUGUCACUAAGACAGAAAUAUUACCAAAUGGAAACUUGGCUUACAAGCAUUCAGAUGCUGCAGAAACUAAAAAUGAAUAUACACGUCGUUUGGAUAAGUUUGGUCUUGAGCAAUAUGAAGUUGAAAUAAAACAGGAGCCUGACCUUAGAGAGGUUGGGCUACAACAGCCUGUUGUGAAACUGAGUGAACAGUAUUCCAAUAAAGUGUUUAAUAAUGAGACUACGCUAGAGCCGGGCUGUAAAGCAGAGAGUUUUACUCGUGACAAUGAAGAACAAGAUCUCACAAGUGCGAUAGUUUGCAAAACAGUGAAAUGCACCAAAAAAAUUGAUCACGAUAAAAAGAAUAAGUUAAAGGACCCGAAAAAAUCACAAAGGAAUGAAUCAGUUGAUGUUAUUUUAGUUGAGUCUUCUGUUUCUGUAGAAACUCAAGUAGAUUGUACAUGUUCCAAACUUAACAAACAAACUGAGAUGAUGGAACAAGACAACCAGAUACUGGUGAUAAUGGACAAGCAAAAAUCAAUUGGGAAUGAUCUAGUUGAAGAACAAGACAGCAAGCUAAUGUUGAUGAUGGACAGGGAAUACUCUGUGAAUAAUGAAUCAAGUUGUAUUAUUGUGGAUAUCGAAGGUGUUCCUAUGAAGAACUCUGACCAACAAAAUGCAGAAAAUCUCGACUCAGAUCAGAGAACACCUGUGAGUCCAGCUUCUUUAGAUAGUUUUGUUCCUGGGGACUUUUCAGUUCAUACAGAUAGUCAACUUUGUGAACACGAAAUACCACAAUUGGAACCUGUUAAUAACAAAACAAUGAAUACCAAUUCGUGCAACCCUGUCAAGACAGAAAUAGUACCAAGCAGAGACUUGUUUUGCCAGCAGUCAGAGGAAGAUUCUUUUCGAGAGAAUCAAGCUGUGGGUCAUUCUACGUUUUCUGAUCAACAAAAUACAUCUACAAUUGAACAUACAAUAUUAAAAGGAGAAUUCUCCCCAGAUCAGAGAACACCUGUUAUUAAAGCUUCUUUAAAUAGUUUUGUUCCUGAGAACUUUUCAGUUCGUACAGAUGGUCAACUUUGUGAACACGAAAUACCACAAUUAGAACCUGUUAAUAACAAAACAAUGAAUACCAAUUCGUACAACCCUGUCAAGACAGAAAUAGUACCAAGCAGAGACUUGUUUUGCCAGCGGUCAGAUGAAGAUUCUUUUCCAGAUUUUCAAGCUGUGGGUCAUUCAACUUUUUCUGAUCAACAAAAUACAUCUACACGUGAACAUACACUAUAUGGAGAAUUCUUCCUAGAUAAGAGAACAACUGUCAGUACAGCUUCUUUAAAAAGCUUUGUUCCUGAGAACUUUUCUGUUCAUAAAGAUAGUCAACUCUCUAGAUAUGAAGCACCUCAAUUAGAACUUACUAACAACUAUACAUGUACCACUGUCAAUACAGAAAUAUUGCCAAGCAAAGACCUCGCUUGCCAUCAGUCAGAUGAAGACUCUUUUAGAAGUAUUCAAGCUGAGGUUUAUACUUCUUUUUCUGAUCAACAAAAUGCAUCUACAAAUGUACAUACAGUGUCAGAACAUGAUAUACCUCAACAGGAAUUUAUAAAUAAUGAAAGAAUGAAUACUAAUUCAUCAAAUACUGACAAGACAGAAAUAUUGCCAAGUGAAGACUUGGGAAACCAAUCUUCACGGGAAGAAACUUUCAGAGAUAAUGAGGAUAAAAAUGGUGUGGAUGAAUCUUCUGUUCCUGUGGAGACUUCUAGUCAGCAAAAUGCAUCUACUGAUUCUGAUGGCCACACAAUAUUAAAAGAAUUACUUUGUUCAAGCCACCUAGCACAAGUUAGUACAGAUGAUAAAACAAUAGCUCCGAUGCAAAGCAGUGACACCAAAUAUUUAAUGCUGCAAUGCUUGAAGUGUGGAUUAUGUUUUCCUUCAUUAGAAACACUAAAUGCUCAUACGAGAACUCAUACUGAGCUUGAUUUUGUAUAUUUUUGUAAGGUGUGUCACAUAGGUAAACAUAUUCAAUCACAUUCUGGUUAUCAACUGGCUGGACAAGAACUGAAUGGAAAAGAGUCCGUAAAUAACGGAGAAAAGAAUACAAAUUCAUGUUAUAAUGUCAAGACAAAAAUAAUAGGUGCAGAUGUGGGUUGCCAGCAUUCAAAUAAAAACUGUUUUAGCGAUGAGCAAGCUAUGAAUAAUUCUGUUACCGCAGAGACCUCUGAUCAGCAAAAUGCAAGUGAACUUUAUAAACGCAUUAUAUUAGGAAGAAAACUUUCUCCAGAUCAACGAACACCUGUUUGUACAGACAACUUUGAAAGUCUAUGGUCAUGUGAUGAAACAACCACUUUUGAAAGUGUUGCACAUAUGCAGUCUCAUACUAAUAAUAAACUUGUCAGACAAGAACUAAAUGAGGAACAUGUGAAUAAUGAAACAAUUAGUAUCAACUCGCGUAGUACUGUCAAGAGAUUAAAGUGUCAAACUUGUAAGAAAACAUUCUGUAGCCAGAAAAACUUAGAAACACAUUGGAAGUCAUAUCAUACAAAACAUGACAAACCUCACAAAUGUAAAUAUUGUACGCACACAUUUAAAACGCCUAAAGAAUUGGCCGUGCAUGUUAAGAAACAUUCUCUCCAAGGCCCAUAUGGGUGUGAAUACUGCAAGUAUCGAUUUUUUACCAAGACAGCCCAAUUUCGUCAUAUGAAAACCCAUAAGGAGACUUCAAUUGAAUGCAAGAAAUGUGGCCAGAGGUUUGCAUCACAACACAGUUUCACUCGGCAUAUGGAAGCACAUGCUGAAAAUGAACAGUAUAAAUGUCCAUAUUGUGAAUAUAGCUGUAAAAAUAUGACUCUUCUGAAAAGACACUUGUCAAAACACAUAGGUAAAAAACACACAACACUCAAAUGCGAACAAUGUGGGAAAGAAUUCCUACGAAAGUCUCGAUUGGAUCGCCAUAUGCUGAUUCAUUCUGAUGUUAAACCCUUCAAAUGUAAACAUUGUGAAAAAAGAUACUACACAGUUGGUAAUCUCAAAAAACAUAUAAAGAUGCAUACCGGUAAGAAAACAUACAAGUGCAUUGAAUGUGGGGCUAAAUUUAGAUUGAAAGCUCGUCUAAUCAGUCAUGUAAAGAGUCAUUCCCGUAUAGUGUCUUUUCAGUGUGAUCACUGUGGACAAAGUUUCAGUCAGAAUUCAGAUUUAGUGUGUCACAUGAGAACACAUACUCGUGAGAAACUGUACAAAUGCAUUGUGUGUGAUCACAGAUUCAUUACAGAAAGCAGCUUAAAAAGCCACGUGUCUGCUUUACAUUUUUCCCAUUCAUCUUUCCGGCAUGUAUGUAAACGUUGUGGGAAGAGCUAUUUAAAAAAGAGCGAAUUGAAGAAACAUGUGCGAUUUCACACUGGCAAAAGUAUUUCAAAGGGCUGUAUCACACAUGUAUGUAAACAAUGUGGGAAGAUCUUUGAAAAUAAGUCAAUAUUGAGUGUUCAUAUGCAAUAUCAUACAGGUGUUAAACCAUUUCAAUGUAAGCAGUGUGAGAAAAGAUUCUGUACAAUCGGUAAUCUCAAUGUACAUAUGAGAAUACAUACUAGCGAGAAACAAUACAAGUGCAGUGAAUGUGGCACUGCUUUUAGAAUGAAAAACCUUCUCAAAAAACACCACAUGGCAGAUCAUGCUGAUGUGUGGCCCUUUCAAUGUGAUCGCUGUGAAAAAGGUUUUACACAAUCCAGGGAAUUGAGUCUUCAUAAAAAAACACACACUCAGAAAAGCUACGACCACACUUUGUGUAAAAAAUGUGGCAAAAGUUUUAGUACAAUAAGUUGUCUGACGCGUCACCAACAAAAUGUGCAUGUCUCUGAACGGCAAUACAAAUGUCAGCAGUGUAGUCGUGAUUAUAAAUCAGAGAUGAGUUUAAGGGAACAUUUGCAGAUUCACACUGACAAGAAACAACAUCAGUGCACUGUGUGUGAGAAAUCGUUCAGGGCAAAGCAAUACCUUAUUGUACAUCAACGUAAACAUACAGGAGAAAGACCUUAUAAAUGCACCAUAUGUGAAAAGGAUUUUGCAGCCUUGUGUUCUUUCAGAUAUCACCAACAGACCCACACAGGUGAGAAGCCAUUUCAGUGUGACAAGUGUGGAAAGUUAUUCACAAACAAACGAAGUUUGAUGGCACAUAUACGGCUGCAUGACGGAACCAAACCUUACCAGUGUGAUCAGUGUAAUGAGAAAUUUCGACUUUGGAAGCAGUUAAAGAAGCAUGAAAAAAAUCAUAAAGUAUCGAGUUUGUUUAAAAAUAUGGAAGGACAAGUAUAA